CUAGGCUACUGAUCCAGAAGCGUCCGGGCCAGGGCGAGUGCGCGAGAGAGGGAGCCAGGUAUGACGUCCUGGAUCUCGGAGGAGUAAUUUCACUUUUUUUGCCAGAUACUGUCAAUAACAUAACGACGACUGCGCAGAGGGAAGAGUUCACAAAAGCCAAACGCGCUCUGUGGGGUGCGGUCACCGUUUGUCACUCACGGGCGCUCCCUCCCGCGGGCGGCGGUAGCAUCGAGCUGGUGUUGAGACUCCUCAUCAUCCCGUCCCAUCCCAGAUCUGUGCGAAGAUGGCGGACCCGGCGGAGUGCACCAUCAAAGUGAUGUGCCGCUUCAGGCCGCUGAACAAUUCGGAGGUGGAACGUGGGGAUCAAUACAUCCCUAAGUUUCAAGGGGAAGAAAGUGUGGUUAUUGCGGGCAAGCCCUACGCGUUUGAUCGCGUGUUCGCGUCCAACACCACACAGGAGCAGGUCUACAAUGCAUGUGCCCAGAAGAUUGUCAAAGAUGUUUUGGAGGGCUACAAUGGCACCAUCUUUGCUUACGGACAAACAUCCUCUGGAAAGACACACACCAUGGAGGGCAACCUCCAUGACCCAGAUGGCAUGGGCAUUAUUCCCAGGAUAGUGCAGGACAUCUUUAACUAUAUCUACUCCAUGGAUGAGAACCUGGAAUUCCAUAUCAAGGUGUCAUAUUUUGAGAUCUACAUGGAUAAGAUCAGAGAUCUGUUGGAUGUGUCGAAGACCAAUCUGUCAGUACACGAGGAUAAAAACAGGGUUCCGUAUGUGAAGGGUUGCACUGAGCGGUUUGUGUGUAGCCCAGAUGAAGUGAUGGACACUAUCGAUGAGGGAAAGUCCAACAGACAUGUGGCUGUUACAAACAUGAAUGAGCACAGCUCCAGAAGUCACAGUAUCUUCCUGAUCAACGUGAAGCAGGAGAACACCCAGACAGAGCAGAAGCUCAGUGGCAAACUCUACCUGGUGGACUUGGCCGGAAGUGAGAAGGUCAGUAAGACGGGUGCUGAGGGAGCGGUGUUGGAUGAGGCCAAGAACAUCAACAAGUCGCUGUCAGCUCUGGGCAACGUCAUCUCCGCACUGGCAGAGAGCUCGGGAUACGUGCCGUACAGAGACAGUAAGAUGACCAGGAUCUUGCAGGACUCUCUGGGAGGAAACUGUAGAACCACCAUCGUCAUCUGCUGCUCCCCUUCAUCCUACAAUGAGUCCGAGACCAAGUCCACACUCAUGUUUGGACAGAGAGCGAAGACGAUUAAGAACACAGUGUGUGUGAACGUGGAGUUGACUGCUGAGCAGUGGAAGAAGAAGUAUGAGAGGGAGAAGGAGAAGAACAAGACUCUCCGCAACACCAUCACCUGGCUGGAGAACGAACUCAACCGCUGGAGAAACGGUGAGACGGUGCCGGCGGAGGAGCAGUACGAUAAGGAGAAGGCGUCCGAGGCGCUGGCCGUGGUUGAGCUGGCCAGCGGGGAGAACAUGGCGUCCACCCCCAACCUGCCAGCAGGGGGCAGACUCACCGACGUGGCCAAGGAGAAGUGUGAGGCCGAGCUCGCCAAGCUCUACAAGCAACUGGACGACAAGGAUGAUGAGAUUAACCAACAGUCUCAGUUGGCAGAGAAACUCAAGCAGCAGAUGCUAGAACAGGAGGAGCUGCUAGCAUCGUCGCGGCGGGACCACGAGAGCAUGCACGUGGAGCUGUCGCGGCUGCAGCAGGAGAACGAGGCCAGCAAGGAGGAGGUGAAGGAGGUGCUGCAGGCACUGGAGGAGCUUGCCGUCAACUACGACCAGAAGAGCCAGGAGGUGGAGGACAAGAGCCGUGACUACGACUCGCUCAGCGAGGAGCUCAGCCAGAAGGCCAGCGUGCUGGCGUCUCUGGAUGCAGAGCUGCAGAAGCUGAAGGAGAUGACCAAUCACCAGAGGAAGAGGGUCGCCGAGAUGAUGUCAUCACUGCUCAAGGACCUGGCCGAGAUUGGAGUCACAGUGGGCAGCAACGACGUCAAGCAGCCUGAGGGCAGUGGUGUGAUCGAUGAGGAGUUCACGGUGGCGCGCCUCUUCAUCAGCAAGCUCAAGUCGGAGGUCAAGACGCUGGUCAAGAGGAAGAAGGAGCUGGAGAGCAGCCAAUCAGAGAGCACCAAGAAGAUUGACGAGAACGACAAGGAGCUGGCCGCCUGCCAGCUGCGCAUCUCCCAGCAUGAGGCUAAGAUUAAGUCUCUGACAGAGUACCUGCAGAAUGUGGAACAGAAGAAGAGGCAGCUGGAGGAGAAUGUGGACUCCCUCAACGAGGAGCUGGUCAAGAUCAGUGCACAGGAAAAAGUCCACGCCAUGGAGAAGGAGAAUGAGAUUCAGACAGCCAAUGAGGUUAAGGAGGCUGUGGAGAAGCAGAUUCACAGCCACAGAGAGGCCCACCAGAAACAGAUCAGCAGCCUGAGGGACGAACUGGACAUUAAGGAGAAACUCAUCACCGAGUUACAGGAUCUAAACCAGAAGAUCAUGCUGGAACAGGAACGUCUGAGAGUGGAGCACGAGAAACUCAAAUCCACCGACCAGGAGAAGAGCCGCAAGCUGCACGAUCUCACGGUGAUGCAGGACAGAAGGGAGCAAGCCAGGCAGGACCUGAAGGGACUGGAGGAGACAGUGGCUAAGGAGCUGCAGACACUGCACAACCUCAGGAAGCUGUUUGUGCAGGAUCUGGCCACAAGAGUUAAAAAGAGCGCAGAGAUGGACUCUGACGACACUGGAGGCAGCGCUGCUCAGAAACAGAAGAUCUCUUUCCUGGAGAACAAUUUAGAACAGCUGACCAAAGUCCACAAACAACUACAAAAGUGA